AUGUACCGCGCCCUUCGGCCGAAAUCGCAGCCGGCCACAUCAGCCAACGGCACCGGUGGGGUCGACGAGGACUUUGACAAUGGGAAAAGGAUCUUCUCCAUCGGCCACGUCCUGCGCUAUAGCCCUCACAACAUGCUCCUGCGCAAGCUCCUCCUCGAGGACAGAGUUGUGGGUGACAUCUGCUCCGUCGAGCACACCGAACCCGUCGGCUGGUGGCACUUUGCCCACUCCUACGUCCGCGGCAACUGGCGCAACGCCUCCAUCUCCUCCCCUUCUCUCCUCGCCAAGAGCUGCCACGAUAUCGAUCUUCUCAUGUGGCUCCUCAUGUCCCCGCCGGCCGGCGCCGCCGAGCCCCAUCUCCUCCAACAUUUCCUCUACUGGCUCUCUCCACUACUACAAAAAGAACCGGAAACCCGUGCCGCGGGCGACGCUACGAACUGCAUGAGCUGCCCUCUUGUUGACGACGGCUGCAAGUACUCGGCCAAGCGCAUCUACGUCGGCCCUGGUGAGAAGAGCGUGCACACCGGCAACACAAAGUGGCCCGUCAACGUCGUCCUCCCCGAAAUCGAGGACAUACCCACCAUGGAGGAGCGCGAGGCCGCCAUCCUCGAAAAGCUCGCCGAGGACUACGACGCCAACACCCCCGCCCACGAGGUAGCCGACAGGAGGUGGUCUGCCAGCGGUACACCACCAUCUACGGCACCGACGGCGAGCUCCACGCCGACUCCCACACCAUCACAAUCGAAGACUUCAACACCGGUCUUACCACCACCCACCACCCCCGUGCUCGACGAGGACAGCCACGGCGGCGGCGACCUGGGUCUAACCGGCCAGUUCAUUGCCGCCGUCGAUGCUGUCAAGAACCGCCGCAUGCUUGCCGACGACGCCCAAUUGCACUACAUCGGCUGCACCCUCCAGGACGUCAUGAUGAGCCACGCCAUGGUCUUCGCCGCCGAGGACUCGCGGCUGAAUCGCAAAACCCUGGACUGGAAGACGUGGUGGGACACAGAGGUGGAGGCCAAGUUGGCUGCGUAA